CACAGAGGUCUUCUCCCCCCAGAUUAAGGGGGUGCUCCUUGCUUCUCCGCUGCCUCCUGGCUCCGGUGGAGGGGUAUUACAGGCAGCCAGGCCGGGCUCUUUUUGGGGUGCAGUCUGCUCAGGUCUCUGCGCUGCUUCAGGCUGGGUAGCUGGUGUGGGGCAGAGCUGCUGGAAUGGGGGGGGUCUGGGGUGUAGGCUGGAGGAGGGAGGUCCCACCACUCGCCCCCCCAGGUCGGGAUGGCCAUCCUCAUCCCUUUUGUCUUGCCCUCCUCUGCCACCUGUGUUCCCCCCAGCCCCAAAACCCCCGUUGAAAAUCCUCUUAAGGCAGCUCCCUUGAUCCGCUCUGCCUCGUUAGGAAUAACGAGGUCAUUACUGGGGGAUUAAUGAGCUGGCGCUCGGCAGCGCUUUGAAGGUGCCAGGUUCCCACCAAGGCUGGGGGGCCACUGGGAGCCCCUACAGCUUCCCCGGGGCCUACACAGGGUUGGGUCACAGCAGCUCUGAGCUGUUUGGGUGCUGGAACCCCAAAAGCUAGGAUGGGUACCUUGGAUUGGGCAGGAUGCUCAAACCCUGCUUGGGGGCUGUGCUUGUAAGGUGGCAGAGCCUAUGUCCCUUGGUAUCCCCGUGGUGUGGGCUCUUGGGGCAGCAGGUGCUGCUCAGGAGGGGUCCCUGUGCCUCAGUUUCCCCGGGUAGGAGGAGGUGACAGUCACCAAGGGCCAGGCACUUUGAUGCCAAGGACAGGGCAUGCUGGAAGUGGAGCAGCAGCUGCGUCGCUGCUUCGCUUCCUUUGCUUGUUUGGUUCCAAGUGGAAAAGCAAACAGGACUGGUUAAAUACUGCCCUAGCUGCAGUGGCCCUUGAUGAGCCCCUGUCACCUGGGGACCCCAGCCGUGGGAUGUGACCAGAUGACAGCCUGGCAUCACCUUCCCCAGGGCAGAGACUGAGCCAAAGGUGAGUAAAAGGGGCGAGAAGGAAGGGAAGGGAGCAGCCAAAGGCUGAGCUGGGGUGCAGUGCCCUCUCUGAGGGGGUCCCCAGCCUCCUUCCUGUGAGCUUCAGGAGGGCUCCUUGCAUCUCUUCCACUGCCAUCAAGGGUCCCCAGGCCCCAUCCCCAGGGGUGUGGUUACAGCCCCUCUCUGCAAAACAGGGUCCUGGGGGCUUGCUCCGUGGACUCUGAGGGGAGGGGAGCUGGAGCCUGUGUGUCCUCCCUGCCCAAAGUGCCCUCGUUGAAGGAAUCCUCAUCAUUCCCCACAUUCCCAGUCCCUCGUGUCCCCAGAGCAGCAGGGCUCAGCACAGAGGCACUUGGUGUGGGCAGACAGUGCUGUGCCACGCUGCUGGUCCCUCUGAGGCACAGUGAUGGUGUGAGAAGCAGAGUUAGUGUCACCAAGGGUGGCAGCCUGGGGUUCUUCCCCAGCUGCCAGGGCUGAGCCCCUCCGGGGACAUGCAGCUCAAAGGAGGCAUGGCUGGGGGUCUUGGCAGGGUGGGCACAUGAAUGCAAUGGCUUGUUUGGAGGUGCUGUGGGUGUCUUAAGUACCUGCUGGAGCUGUGGGGCGUGGAGGCUGCCCUCCCUACACCCAGAGUCCAAGGAAGUGGGCAAAGUCCAUAGAUCCCCUGGCAUUGGCUGGGCUUAGAGGAGCUGCUGCUUGUGCCCGGCUGGUGAGGACAAUCCCUUGAGGAGCAAAUCCUUGGGGACUCCAAAAGUCACUUGGGAGCUGCCUGUCUUCUUCUCCCUGUCUCCCAGGUGCCCACAUCCCAUCUCCAGGGCAUGCCAAGGCUGCUGGGAUUUGGCUGCCAGUGCCACGCGUGGCACCGUGCCCGGGCCAUGUCUGGAAGCUCCUGGCACUGCUCCAGCCCCGCGGUUGGAAAGGCUGCCCAGUGCUGAGCAAGCAGGCAAGGCCAGGGCAAUGUUUAACGUUAAUGCUGCUCGGCUGGGCACGGGGACCCGGGGACACUGGCACAGCCCUUCCAACGUCACCUCUCCCUCCUCCGGGCCUCCAGCUCUGUUGCGGCUGCAGGCGAGGAGCUGGGGACACAGCAAAGGCCCCCAGGGCACCAGAAAACACAUUUCUAGGGCCAUGGCACCUCAGGCUGGCAAGGGUGAGAAGCCUUUCCACGUCGUCUCGCCUGUCCUGGAGAGCCUGCCCCUGUCCAAGGCAGCGGGCACCAGGGUCUACAUCAAGCUGGAGAACGUCCAGCCCACAGGCUCCUUCAAGAUCAGGGGCAUCGGCCACCUCUGCCAGCAGGCUGCCAAGCAGGGCUGCCGCCGCUUCGUUUGCUCCUCAGGAGGCAACGCGGGCCUGGCAGCGGCGUACUCGGCCAAGAAGCUGGGGCUGCCCAUCACCGUCGUGGUCCCCAGCAGCACCGGCUCCGCCACCGUGCGCAGGCUGCAGGAGCUGGGGGCAGAGGUGGAGGUCUCCGGCAAGGUGUGGGAUGAUGCCAACAAAAGAGCCUUGGAGCUGGCACAGAACGAGGGCUGGGUCAUGGUGCCCCCCUUUGACCACCCCUUGGUGUGGCAGGGUCAUUCCAGCCUGGUUCAGGAGCUGAAGGAGUCUCUGGACACCAAGCCAGAUGCCAUCGUGCUGGCGGUGGGUGGCGGAGGGCUGCUGGCAGGCGUUGUGGCUGGCCUGCAGCAGGUGGGCUGGCAGGAUGUCCCCAUCCUUUGUGCUGAGACCUGGGGGGCUCACAGCUUCCACGUGGCACUGGAGGCUGGGCGUCUGGUCUCCCUGCCCGACAUCACCAGUGUGGCCAAGUGCCUGGGAGCCAAGACAGUGGCAGCACGGGCGCUGGAGUGUGCCCGGGAGUGCCAGGUCAUCUCCCAGGUGGUGGAGGACAGGGAGGCUGUGCGAGCUGUGGAGCAGUUCCUGGAUGACGAGAGGAUGCUGGUGCAGCCGGCGUGCGGGGCCGCCCUGGCGCUGCUCUACACGGGCCGGCUGCAGCGGCUGCAGGCUGAGGGGCUGCUGCCCACCCUGCUCUCCUCCGUGGUCGUGGUGGUCUGCGGGGGGAGCAGCAUCCAGCUGAGCCAGCUGCGGGCCCUGAAGAGCCAGCUGGGCUUGGAGUGACACCUACCCUAAGGAGAGGGACGCAGGGAGGCCCGGCUGGCACCUUCCCUUUGCCUUCCACUCGAAAUAGCCAUAAUAAAACCCAGCAGACGAGAGGCUGGGCGACUCCUGCAUCCCCAACACCCAGCGCGACUCCUCCUGCACCCUCUGUCCCGGCAUGGUGACUCCUGCAUCCCCAGCACGGCUCCUCCUGCACCCUCUGUCCCGGCAUGGUGACUCCUGCAUCCCCAGCACGGCUCCUCCUGCACCCUCUGUCCCGGCAUGGUGACUCCUGCAUCCCCAGCACGGCUCCUCUUGCAC